CAGCCCGCAGCGGUGAUGAUGAAGACUACAGAAGUAGAUCGUAAUCACAACAGAAAAAAUAUGCUUUCCUCAUAACCUGACUUCAGUUUCUCUUGGUCUUUGUAUUGGCUGGGUUAUGUAAGCACCAGGACAAACUCAGCAGGCAAAACUGGUUGUAAUGACAGCAUAAUGAUGUCAUUUCAACCAGUUUCUGGUUGUUGUUAUGACAUCAUUCCAACCAGUUUUGCCUGCUGGGAAGACACCCCUUCAUGGAUACUGUCUCCUUCUAAGGCAACAAGUGGUGGUGGCAGUAUGAGGAAGGCAUACGACACUACAGCCAGGAGGCUCUCCACAAGGAGUUUCCAGAGAAAACCAGACCGGUGAACUUCACACAUUCUCCUUUUCAAUGUCCUGACAUGAGUCGCUCGCCCGCUGUCCCCUCAUCAGUUGAGUUGGUAAAGGCAGCGGACAUUAAAGUCAUUGCUGCCCUGGGGGAUUCUCUGACGACCGCCAUAGGUGCCAAUGCCACCAACGUCCUUGGGAUUCCUAUCGAGUUCCGUCAGGUGUCAUGGAGCAUCGGGGGCCAUGGAUCAUACCAAGAUGUCAUUACACUGGCAAAUAUCGUAAGGCUUUUCAAUCCCAAUGUGCUUGGUGCUGCACCGGCCAAGACUGUCCAUGGAACCUCAGCCCCCCUCAGCGAAACAGGAUUCAACCUGGCCGUGACCGGACACAACACCUUUAAUCUACCAGGGCAGACCAGACAUCUCAUCGACACACUGAGAAACUAUGAGGGCCUGAACUUUGAUGAGGACUGGAAGCUACUGACCAUUCUCAUAGGCAUGAACGACAUCUGUGAUUACUGCAAGGAUAAGGUUCUUUUCUCAGUGGACAAUUACAUUCACUACAUGACCAACUCCUUGGAAAUGCUAAUGAACGAGGUUCCCCGUAUGAUUGUGAAUGUAGUUCAAAUCCUGCCCAUGGAAACCUUGAGGCAGGUCCAGAGGCCCACCCCAGGCUGCCUGCUCCAACGAUCAUUCUGUUCCUGCCUUAUCAAGCCCGGGGCUGGUUCCCCUGAACUGAAGGAGCUAGUGGAGAUCAACCUAGAGUUUCAGAAACGUCUGGAGCAGCUCCUCCACAGCGAUAGCUUCUUCAGGGAGGACUUCGCCGUUGUUCUCCAGCCAUUCAUGAAACAAGCAGACCCUCCUCGCCUCCCGAAUGGCAAGAUCGACAUGACCUUUUUCACCCAUGACUGCUUUCACUUCACCAUAAAGGGCCAUGAGGAGCUAGCCAAGGGGCUGUGGAACAACAUGUUCCAGCCAGAGGGAGGGAAGUUUAUGGUGUCAAGCUUUUCUGACCCCAUCGAGCUCAUUUGCCCACCGAUGGAUCACCCCUACAUCUACACCCGACCUGCCAAAAGAGGCCAGUCCACCAUACCCGUUUUCCCCAGGUCAGCUAUUCCAACGCGGGAAACCCUUCUUCUGUCUCACCUUGUGAUCCUGGCUGGUAUUCUGUCCUGGGCCAUCACUGCUUUAGCCUCUCUAUAACACUAAUAAACUUAUACGUGGGGUGAAUAUAGAUAAUAUUAUGGUUGCAGUUGUAAUGAUUGUGGGUGUUUUCUUUGUUGCUGCCAUGCCUGCAUUGUCAAGUAUUGAACACAAGAGGGCCCACUGACACUGGGCCUCUACCAACCCCUGUGUUCUGUGACCAUAGAGAAUUAUAGAGGCCUCUAGUGGCCAAAAGGUCUUAUAAGCUUGGGCAGCGCCAUUGAUGUCUUCUACCAUUUUCAUGUAGACAACUGGCUGAUCCCUCCUGGUGACCCUGUUGGAGUCAUGUCCAACCGGGUCAUCAGGAGGAAUCAGCUAAUCGUGAAGAAGAAAAUUGACUACUUCAAAAUGGAUAUGCCCAUGCUGUCACAGACACUAUAAUGGCACAGAUACACAUAUGAGUUCUCUAUCUAUCUCUAUGGCUGUGACUGAGAAGACAAAAAGACCAACAAUGGAAAUCUGAUAUUGGAGGUGGACGCGAUAUGUCAGUGCAAUCUGUGCGUGUUAGUGACGUCCAAUACACACAUAAUGACACAAGCUGCUUUAGAAAUCUAUCAUUGAGAGGGGGAUGGGACUGUCAAUAGGCAUUGUGAUUUUCCCCUGUGCUGUGGCAGAGCCUGUUCAUCAUUCAUCUAAUUGUGAACCCCUUCUACAAUAACAAUCCACACCAAACAAAAAGGCCAGGUGAUGGCUAAAUUUAGCUCAUCAUGUUGUUUCAAUGGGUUUGCUCUGAGGCUAAUUAUUUGAGCAUUUUCUGUUUCCUUUAGACUAGAAUAGCAAGAACCGCAUGAUAAACAUUGAGUUGCAUUGAGAGUAUAAUGGGCUGGCUCUGAAAAGAACAUAUUUAGGUGAACAUGUAAACUGUGAGGUGUCCCAUAGGCUAUAGGCAUGGGAUAAUUGGUUUUUCAACGGGUAACCUUGUGUAUCUGUUUUAAAGAGCAAUAAACAGUUUGGCAAUUCAACUCA